AUGCAGGGGAGCCACGCCGUUUGCAGCCUGGCCGUAGCCUCGGGCGUUAAACUCAUGGUGGAAGCAACCAAAGCCAAAGCAACACACUCUCUCUCUCUUCCCCCUCCUUCUCCCCACGUCCCCACUCGCCAGGCUGGUUGGGUGAGUCCGCUCACUGUGGCAGCCUGGAAUGUUCGUUCCUGUGUAGACAAUCUGAGGAGCAACAGACCGGAAAGGAGGACGGCACUAGUGGCUCGGGAACUGGAGCGCUACAAGGUGGACAUCGCUGAACUCAGUGAAACCCGAUUCUCCGAACAAGGCAGAUUGGAGGAGGUUGGCGCCGGCUACACCUUCUUCUGGAGCAGUCGCCCAAAGGCAGAACGACAGGACUUAGGCGUCGCCUUUGUCAUCCGGAACGACAUCGUUGGACAACUGCCCUGUCUGCCACAGGACAUCAACGAUCGUCUGAUGAGCCUCGGUCUGCAUCUUAGGGGAGGCAAAUUCGCCACCAUCUUCACUGUCCAGGAUCCUACCAUAACCAGCCCUGACGAGACAAGGAACAAACUUGACGAGGACCUGCAUGCCCUCCUGGCGACUGUGCCGAAGGCCGAUAAGUUGAUUGUCCUUGGUGACUUCCACGUCCGCGUCGACACAGACUAUACGGCCUGGAGCGAAGUGCUGGGUCCCCAUGGCCUCAGCGACUCCAACGAUAAUGGCCUGCUCAUUCUACAAACCUGCGCAGAGCACCGACUCAUCCUGACCAACACCUACUUCCGCCUUCCGAUGCGAGAGAAUGCCACCUGGAUGAGUUCUCGAUCGCGACAUUGGCACCUGAUGCACUAUGUCCUCGUCCGGAGGCGAGACCGGCGGGACAUGCGGGUGAAAAAGGCGAUCCUGGAUGCCGAUGGGUAG